UACCGAUCGAUCAUUCUUCUCCUCCUCUCCUCCUCCCUCCCUCUCCUCUCCUCUCCAUCCGCAAUCCAGACAUCCAUUCUCCUCAUCCACUUCCAUCCCACAACGCUCCCCCGGUCCGACGAUGGACGACCUCGUCGCCGCCCGGUACUCUCAUAUCCCUGACCGUGGCAAGUACGCCUCCCUCUCCAUCGUCCGUCGCGAGCUCAAGCACGUCUCCGACGCGCCCCCAACAUCUCUCCAUCCUCUCGAGCGUAAAGGCUACCUAGAGGCCAUUCUAGGUGAUCUCGACCCAAAUGGCGGCGCUUGGAUAACCUGGCCAGAAGACGUCCACCUCCUCGCUCUCAACGCAGUCAAAGUGUUGGGCCGGAACCCGGUUGGAAGCAAGGAUGUACUGAUCCAGCCGGACCACCUCGCUACGUUGGUGUUCCACACCUCCCUCCCGGCUCAGAUGCCGGGAGUGAUGCCGCUGAGCCCUGUCGCGAGCUCCGCCGCCAGCUCGAACAGUCACAGCAACUCGUUCGGCAUGGGCAUGGCGCCCCCUGUCAGCUCCCGCUCCAUACAGGAUGGCCGCGCCGUGCCCCCUCCCCCGACCAGUCGGCCGGCGUUAGAGGCACUGAGGGCGCUUGCCAACUCGCUUACGCUCCAUCCGCCGGCGCGCUCCCGCGUCUCACGCUUGGGAGUCGGCGAGGCCGUUGCUCGGGCCCUUCACGAUGAGAUCCAGCCCGACCGCCUGUUCCUUUUGUGCCGUGUGGCCUUCCUCGUCACUCUCAGCGGCUCAGGCGCUGUCGCAGCGGUUCGCGCGAUGGUCGAGGAGGAGGGGAUUGUUCCUCGUCUCGUUCACCAUCUCAACAACACGCCGCCUAUCGAGGCCAACUACGACAAUGUCACGGAGCUGCUCAAGCUUAUCACCAAUGUGCUCAGCCACUAUCCGCGGGGUCCGCGCGGCAGCUUGGAUCCGCGUCUCGUACCGUUGCACUACCCCGUCCUCGCUUGCAUUUACCAGCUCGACAUGCGCGAGCUGCGGCCUCCCCUGAGCACGGCGCUCAGUGCUCUCGUUUACAUCCCCUUCGACUCUUCAAAUCUCUCGAUAUGGUACUCGGUCCCUGGCGCACACCCGGCCGCCGGUGGGGUCGGGCUUACGCCCUUUCGUUCUGCCUCUUCGAGACCGAGCACCGCGAGCAGCAGCAACUCGGGGAACAGCUCGCCCGAGGAAAAGAAGAAGAGAGGGUUGUUUAGCAAGAAGCGGCGCGACUCAAAUGCGAACAAGCCGAAGGAACAUCUCACUGUGCCGGAGCGGAGAGAAUCCGCAAUCGCGCUUGGAGCAGAGGAUGCGCCACGCUACAUGGACAUCGGCAAGCUGCCUCGCCGCAUCAUCGACUGCCUGAAUGUCUACAUUGAACUCAACCUCCCAGGUAACGCGCAGCCGGCGUCAGAUCUCCAGCUCGACGACGCCCUUUCGCCCGUGCUCAUGCUGGCGACACACGCCGCCACUGGGUCGGAGGAAAUGCGCCAUUACUUCCGCGGCUCACUACUGCCUCCUGACCUUGACCGCUCUCCUGCAGCGGGGCCGCUUGAAUCGCGGCCAGGAUUGCUGGGCACGCUGCUUCGCCUUCUCGAUAGCACAGCGCAUGUUCAGACGCGGGAUACGGCAGGAGAGUUUCUCUUUGCCCUGGCUGGCCUCGAACCAGCCAAGCUUUGCGACGACGUUGGCUAUGGUAACGUUGCCGGCUUCCUCUUCCGCAAAGGCGUCAGCGGGCCCCCGAAAGCCCACCUUGCUGCCCUCGACGACGCAGGCGAGGGCCCCGUCUCUGCCCGCGCACCCGUGGCUACGGAGCCUUCAUUGUCGGGGCAUCACCGGGAGCAGUCGCGUCCCAACUCGCAUCGCACCAACUCACACACCCCGACCCACCGUUCGUCUCCCCAGCCGCAGCCUCCCUCGGCUCGGCAGCUUCCUCCCCAGUCGCCCACCCAGCUUCCCUACACGCAGCCCCUCUACGCUCAGCCGUUGCCAGUGCCGUCCAGGCCCGCGCCGGCUCCUCCCGGGCCGCCCCCAAUGGCGCCGCCCCCACCCCCGCCACCGCACGGCCCCCUUCCUCCCCCACCCGGGCCGCCCCCUCCCCACCCGGAGCGGAAUGUUAUUACGGGUCUGCACCGCGAGGCAGAUGGCCCAUCACCCUUUGCGGGGAUGAGUGAGGCUGAACGCGACCGCGAGGCGGACAAGUUGUUCCACCUUUUCCAGCGGCUGGAGACCAACCCCAUCCUCAAGGCGGGCGCGCCUACCCCAGAUGGGGGGCAUCGCUCGCUGCGCGAGGAGAUGAGUGCGCGUGUUGCGAUGGGCGAUGGCGAUGCGUGGGAGCGAGCCGACGCCGAGCGCGAGCGUCUCGCCCGACUGGCAGAGGACGAGGCGGACGAGCGCGAGGCUCUUGCUGAGAUGGCGCGCUACCGCCAGCGACGGGCCAGGUAGACGAGAGACGGAGUUACGAUCAGUUGCUAUCAUAUGUCUAUAUUCUUAUGUCUUGGGUUAACGAUGUAGACGUCCAUGCAUAUCUAUAACGCUCU